AGCUAGAUUCGAUCCGGUAACAGGUCAGCAUCAACUCUGACACAGUGAACCACUGGGUGUCCAGAAGUGGUGCAACAGCACAGGACAUCGAAGGGUUAAGCAAUGUCCCUGUCCUAAAGUGACUCUGUUCAUGCAGCGCUCACCCCAAAGACAGUGAAAGCUUCACUGGCAAGAUAAGAGGACUCAAGCCAAAAUCAACAGAAAUCGCCAUCCGAGAACAGUCAGGCAUUGUUUCAGUUCGUUUUAUUUGCGGGACACAGAGUGACUGAGCAGGGAUUUCUCAGAGACACAUGAUAGGAUUUAUGACAGUAGAGGGAGGGCGAUGGCAUGUGGUAUAGCCACUGCUGGUGCUAGGAUGCUAACAGCCAACGUGAUACAUACCCAAAAAUAAUCAAGACAAAGAUUUACACAUCAUCAACAGCCUCACUUUUAUAGAAUACAUGAUAUGAAACGCUUACAAUCUCCACCAUUCACACAGCUGCUUUACAGCUAUAAAUAAAGGUCAUUUGAGGUCUGCUCAGCGGCACGGGUUUGCUAGAGGAUCCAACUUGCAGGAAGAGCUGCCUGGGAGGAAGAACUCUAUUAUCUCCCAGGGGCCAGUUUGCACGACAUGUAUCAUCAUCCACUACAAACUGCUACUGUACUGCUACUAGCACGUUUUUCUAGUUUUAUGUUGCCAUUCGAUUCCCUUUAUAAUGUGACCUAAUUCAGGUUUAUCAAAUGCUAAUUGGCUGACACACAACCUCCUGUCUCUUUGGAAAAUGACCCCAGAUAUUCCUACUUUUCUUUCCUUUUCCCUUUUCGUUCUGCCGAUAUUAAAAUAAUCAAAAAUUCAUUCAAUUCAUCCAACAGAACAACUAAUGAGAGUGUAAGUAUAAGUAAAGAAGCACAUUAAAGCGCGAGUGUCUCUGUCACUCUUUCUUUCUGUAUACACAACAUUUAUCCCACAUGGCUGGGAGGGCCUGUGUGUUUCAAUGACUAUUUUGUAAACACAUUAAGGGGCCAUAACUAAGAGUGAGCUUCACUUACUUUCUGAGUCCGCAGAUAACAAACAUGGAGCGAACAAAUAGCGUUAGGAGAAAAACGAUGGCUCGACAGCAUAAGACUGAGGUCAUGAUCGCGGGAGAACAGCUCAGGUUGAGGCUUCACGAUGGGAAGUUAAUUAAGGAGAGACGCUACCACCUGCGCACCUAUCCGAACUGCUUUGUGGCACAGGAGCUUAUCGAUUGGCUCGUGAGCCACAAGGAAGCCGCAGAUCGAGUGACUGCUGUGUGUCUCAUGCAGCACCUCAUGGACCACGACAUUGUUCACCACGUCUGUGACAAGAGGCUUGUUUUCAAGGAUGCCAAACUGCUGUACCGUUUCCGCAAAGAUGAUGGCACAUUUCCCUUCAACAGAGAGGUGAAAAUCUUCAUGCGAGGACAGCGGCUGUAUGAACAUCUCAUUGCGGACAAGAACUCCAUCCUACAGCUGAGAGAGGAGCACGGUGUGACAUAUCAGCGCUCCUUCCCCGGCUGCCAGUUCAUUGACUGGCUCCUUCAGAACGGCGAGGCGGAGAGCAGGCGUCGGGGACUCGAGCUGUGCCGUGCGUUGCAGGAACAUGGCAUCAUUCAGCACGUGGCAAAAAAGCAUGAUUUCUUCGACAGCGGCCUACUCUAUCAGUUCUGCAUCAACUUUCGGCGGCGCAGACGUCUUUCUGAGCUGUUAAAUGAAAGUGAGCAAGGCAAUGAUGAGAGCGUGGUGGCACCAGCACAAGAUGACAACCACCCCGACAGUCCAUUCGUUCUGCGCAAAACCCCACACCAGGAGAACAACGCUGCUUUCCAGUCCGUGGGCUCUAGUCAAGACCUGAAACAAGUUACCAGUGGACGUCGAGGCAGCUUGAAUUCCCUUCAGCUUCACUCUGCUGGAUUUCCACCUCUUCAAAUUACCUCAACCUCAGUGGUGAGAUUCAAUCCGAAAUCAGUCCUUAAAAGAAAUGUAACGUGUGAAGAGUUACUGGCACCUGGUGCGCCCUUCAUCAAAAGAGUGUUGACGGUGAUUGGAGACGCCCUGGGCUGGGGCUUUGUCGUCAGAGGAUGUCGUCCCUGUUAUGUGCAGGCAGUUGACCCUGGGAGCCCCGCAGCAGCCGCCGGAGUUAAGGUGCAGCAGUUUGUGUGCCAGGUGAAUGGACAGUGUGUGCUUUACCUGAACUACAAGACCGUCUCCAGACUAGUGAUGACUGGACCUCGCACAGUUGUGCUGGAAGUUAUGGAGCCACUAGAAUGAAAACAUAAUAAAGUCAAAUUGUUGUUUUGAGCACUGUUGUAUUUGCUAGAGUUGAAUAUAAGUUAUUUUAAGUUAUUUGCAUUAUAUAAUAUGACCAGAGAUCAUGUGCUCUGUAGAAAACAAAAGAUGGAUCCCACAUGGUAAAUUGUACCUAGGUUGUUUAUAUAAGUUAUUGAUUGCAACAAGAGUAAGAAGGCUAAUGUGCAAAGGCACAUAGCCUGAUGUGUUUUCAUUCAUUUGAUUUCCAUUUGAACAAUAAACUGUAGUGUUUCAUCACUGGAAAUAAAUGGUU